UCUCCUCAAUUAUCUCACGGGCGAGAGAAACCGGAGCCGACUCCGAGAGAGAGAAAGAGGAUUUGCGAGGGCGGCGAAUUCACGAAUUGCGAUUCCGGUCUAGGGUUUUGUUGUCCGAGCGGCGGACGGAUAUGGCUUGGCCGGCGGAGACGUCGUCGUACUGUGGCUGGAAGGAGGUGCAUGUGAGGAACGAGAAAGGGAGGAAGGUGGUUCAUUAUUACCUGAAGAGGAGAGACGGAACCGCGGAUCUGGCUGUUGUCGGGAGGGAGAAGAACUCGAGGCGCAUGUCGUACAGAUACGCGUUGGAGACGAAUGGAUCCGUUCUAUUUAAGCUCAACACUCGAGGGGACGUCGUUGAUUGGCUCAAUUCUGUUGUUUCAGAUGUGUUACCUCAAGAAGCUAACAUACCCACUGCCCCUGCUUCCACCCGCACUGCUACAGGUUUAAACCAUGACACCCUUAAGGAUGCUCAUUAUCCGGAACAGGUUCAUAGCAAAAACUUCUCAUGGAUGGGCACACCAUGGAUUUGCAAGAAACGGCGUAAGCAUUACCCAUCUUUUUGCCGGAAUGGUGUCAGAGUAUCUGUAAAUGAUUUUGUGUAUGUUUUAGCUGAGCAGAAUAAGCGUCUAAUUGCAUACUUGGAAGACAUAUAUGAGGAUUCUAAGGGCAGCAAGAUGGUUUUGGUACGAUGGUUUCACAAAACUGAUGAGGUUGGUAUUGUUUUGCCUCACAACGUUAAUGACAGAGAGAUUUUCUUUUCUCUUUGUCUUCAAGAUAUCAACAUUGAGUGCAUAGAUGGAUUGGCUACUGUCCUCAGUCUUCAGCACUACGAGAAAUUUCAGAAGGAGUUUAUGCAUGGUCAGCCUGUUGUCUUCUUUUGCCGUAAAUUAUAUGAAGAUGAUGUUAUUAAGCCCUAUAACAUAGCACAGUUAAAAGGUUACUGGAGACAAGAAAUGCUUAGAUACUUGAAUGUGACCGCUUCAAAGUCUGGUGAAGGUGCGCAAGAACCCAGUAACGAGUUAGGAAUAGGAGCUGCUGGGGUUAAUUGUGGUGAGGUUAGAUUGAGGAAGAGGCGCCGCUCCAGCCCUGUGGAGAGUUUGAAUACAUCAUUGGCGAAUGGCCUGCAGGUUGAUUGCAAGGGUAGUCUGGACUGUGUAAACUUGGAUGCUUGGCCUGCUCCUAAGACCCAGGAGGAGGCUAAACCAAGUUCUUCUCAAUACAUAAAAAAGGGUUCAUUUGUUGAAAUACUUUCGCAAGAUAGUGGCAUCAGAGGCUGUUGGUUUAAGGCUCUAAUAAUAAAGAAGCACAAGGAUAAAGUGAAGGUCCAAUACCAAGACAUUCAGGAUGCAGAAGAUGAGUCUAAGAAGCUAGAGGAGUGGAUUGUGACAUCUCGCAUCGCCGCUGCUGAUCACUUUGGUGUUCGAAUCCCUGGUCGGAAGAUGAUACGUCCUCCUCUGGAAACCUGCAAAGCAAAUAAUCUAUGUGCUGCUGUUGUUGGAAUGCCUGUGGAUGUGUGGUGGUUUCAUGGAUGGUGGGAAGGCAUCGUGGUUCGGAAAGUGUCAGAAGAGAAAUUUGAAGUCUACCUGCCAGGGGAAAAGAAAACGUCAGUCUUUCAUCUUAGUGACCUUAGGCAAUCUCAGGAAUGGUUGGGAGACGAAUGGGUAAAUAUGAAACCUAGGUCAGAUCUUGUGAGUUCUGUUCUAUCUUCCGUGGAGACAAAACAUACUACGGUGAAAAUUGAUGAGAAGUCAGCUCAAGUUGGUGCUGGUAACAUUGGAGCGUCACUGAAAGGUGAAUCUGAACUUACCGACUCUCUUCCAGUAGUUAUGACCAAGAAAGAUUCCGUGUUGCAAUCCGUUCCUGAUCUUCUGAAGGAUGUCCUCGUUUCCGACUUGAAAUGGAAAACAUCGGGGAAGAGAAAGCGAAGCAGUGGUUGCUGUUCCCAGAAGCUUGUUGGUUUAAGCGAAUGUUUCACAAAAAAUUCCUCCUUGGUAACAAAAUCCAGAGGAGGAGACAGAUCUAUGGCUCCAGAUUCUUUCAAAGUAGAUUGUGAGAACUGCAAGUUCAUGGGGGAUUCUUUAUUUGGUUCUUCUGUUGCUCCGGCGGCUCUGACGAGCUUGGUAAUGUCAAGGUGAUCAUGAAGUGGUUUUGUCUCAGCGAAGCAUCUGCUUGAUGCCAUUUUGGGUUUAGGUUAAGGUGACUGACUGACUGGCUGGCAAAAGGGCUGGAUUUCUAGAUAAAGUUGGUAGUGGCAUCCAAAUUCUCUUUACUGUAUGUAUGUGUAACUGUAGGUUGGGGAGCUCUUGAUGUUUGUGGGAAAUCCAGGCAGGCAGCUAAUUUUGGAUGCAAGUAAGUAGGUGAUUAGCGUAACCUUAAGUUGUAGGGUUUUAGCCAUUAAUCAGUUUUUUUUUCUUGGAUUCUGUAGUUAAUAGAGUUUUAGCUUUGUCAUUCUCUCUCUCUCUCUCUCAUGUAAACUUCAUGUCUUGUCUGAAUAAACUGUGCUUCUUUCUUGCCCGCUCUUGAGCUUACUAAAAGCAUUUGGAUA